AUGGCAUUCGAUGAGAAAUACUUCCCUGACUCUGUCAAGGAAAGGAAAGAAACUGAGUUUAUUGAGCUCCAACAAGGGAGAUUAGCAGCUGAGCAAUACGCAGCCAAGUUUGCGGAGCUUUCUCAAUAUGCACCUCAUAUCAUCAAUAUAGAGGCACAAAAGGCAAGUAAAUUCAAGAGGGGCCUUCGGCCAGAAAUUAAAGGAAGGGUGUUAGCGGCCAAUCUUAAGUUGUAUGCCCCACUGGUAAACCUCGUUAUGAAGAUUGAAAGGGAUUGCGAGGAGUUUCUCUUGAGAAAGGAAGGUAGGAUAAAACCCGCACAAUCAGGAAAUUCUUGGAGGAAAGCUCGACCGUCCCCGAAGAGAGAUUUUAGAGGAAGACCCUACCCGGGUAAUUUGAAGACUCAAAAGACUUUUUCAAGUAACAAGGGGGAUAACCGAUGUUCGGUUUGUUCAUACUAUGGGAUGAGCAAUCACUCUGAGGCCAAGUGUUACAAGAAGUUGAAUACGUGCCUUAAGUGUGGCAAGCCUAGCCACUGGAUUAGAGACUACCCCAUGAUAAAGUUGGAAAACCAGUCAAAGGCUUAA